AUGGAUAAGUUUCUCAAAAGAUCGCAGCCUUCAACAUCUUGUGUCAAUAGCAGUGGUGGUGAAUCAAACCCGAAAAAAAUAGACAUUACGAUGAACAGUUAUUUGAAAUACGGGUUCACAGUCAUAAAUAAUAAACCUCAAUGUGUAAUUUACGGCGAUGUUUUAUCACGUGAGAGUAUGAAACCGUCAAAGCUUAUGUGGUAUCUCACAACCAAGCAUCAAAAAGAAGCUGAUAAGCUGUUGGAUUUCUUUCAACGAAAGUUGAAAUCUCUUAGCCAGCAGCAACAUACUAUGAUUCAGGCAUCCAGUGUCAACGAGUCAGCAUUAUUAGCUAGCUACAAAGUCGCAUAUCGAGUUACUAAAGCAGCGAAACUACAUAAAAUUGCGGGAAAUCUUAUUUUGCGAGCAGCUCUCGAUAUGGUUAAAAUUAUGGCCAAUCUUUUUAGCCACCUUAAUAAUUUGAACAAGAAUUUCCAAGAUAGAGAUGAAAAUACUUUAACAGCUAAAGAUAAAGUCAAAGCAUUUAACGCAAAACUCACGUUCCUUGCAUGA